AUGACCACGCCUCCUUGUGGGGAGUGCAGUGGUAAAUUCCGUCUCUCCCAGGCGGGAGAGACUCGCUGUCCUGUUUGCGCCGAAUUUUUUCGCCUCUCGACCCUGGUUCGUGGUUCCAGGUUUCCAGAGGGGUUGCAGGCUACUGCCGUCAGGAGCCUGCGCGACAGCUACGUUCACCUCCUGCAGGAGGCGGACGCAUACUACUUCUUCAAUCCUGCUCCUCCUGCUCCACUACAGCCCAACGCACCAAAAGGGGAGGUCUUGAUUCCUCCUAGAUCUUCCGAGGGAGACAAGGGUCGCUCCCGAUCUCCUGCUGCAAGAAAGGAAAAGACUGCCAAGGACAAGAAGCCUGCCAAGGAGAAAAAGAAGAAGGACAAGACAGAGUCAAAGAAAGAAAAGAAGUCACGCCCUAAGGAAGAGCUGCAUCCUGGACAUCGUCCACCUCCUGUAGUGAAGGAGGAGGCCCGAGAGGAGGAAAGACCCCCUCUUGUCGAAGUCAAGCGGGAGGAGUACUACGACGAGGAGUGGAGUGAGUCUGAGUCCCCAAAGGAACGGGACCGCAGCGUGAGCAGGAGUAAGAGCCCUUUGCCCCGAAGGAGACAUCUGGAGUCUCCCGUGCGACCUCGUUCGCCAACUGGACCGCCCCCUGCGAGAGGCCCUUCGUUGCCUGCCUCUUCUGGGCGCUGGUCCGGGGUUAUCCCUGCUCACCGUCGAGAGCGGGACACUACAGGGCAUCCAGGUGGUUUGGCCCCCAAAAUCAAGCCUCAGAAUCCCAAGAAGAAGAAAAAGGCUCCUGGGAGGGGAGUCCUUCGACGGCCGGCUGCGGCAGUGGACGACCCGAUCGAGGCUUUCAAGGGCUUUGGGGAGGUAAGGGUGGCUUCCUUGCCUCCUGGGGAUCUCCUAUCCUGCGGGAAGGUAUGGGUGACCGAAGCCCAUUACUGGAAAGAGGCCACCCAAUGUCUGGGACUUUGCAAAGGUCUGCAAGCCGAGAACGGCGAGCUGUGGCUCGACUUCCAGAUCGAGGGCACCAAGAGCGAACACCUUCUCAGGUAUGCAACCGGGAUCCCAAACCGAAGAUUGCGGGCUCAUCUUUGUCGAACCGACUGCACUCAAGAGACGACAGGCGACGAUUUUUUCCACAUGGUGAAGGUCAAGAAAUGGAGGGAGGAGGAAAAGGAGCCUUGGAUGAACAACCUCUUGGCGGUAGAGAGGGAGGACGCAGACGAGUUGGUAUCUUUGAGACGGGAGGCACAAGCUUCGGGAGGAGAACCAAAGGUGAAAAGCAAGAAGAAGGAGAAGAAGGACACUCAAAAGGAGAAGGAAAAGAAGCAAGAGAAAAAACGGGCGCGCUCCUCCUCCCCUAUCACUGGGAGGAAGGCAGACCGGGACCUGGCAGUGGUCCUGGGGCAAAGUGGCUUAGAUCCCAACCCCAAGCGCCGGAAAAAGAUGAUGAAAAAGGCAAAAAGAAUCGUGAAGCGCCGGAAGAAAAAGAAGGAAUCCAGCUCGAGCAGCAGUGGGACCCAGUCAGGAACUUCCCGCACCAGCAGUUCAACCGGGGAGAUGGAGGCGGCCGACAUCUUUGGGCAGCGGCGCAUGGCAAAACGGGUGAGCACCCGGUGCCCCGGCGUGCUCACUGCCACCUCUUUGGCGGCAGUGCAAGAGCAGCUCCUGACAACACAAGGUCAGAUCUGGGAGCUGGACCGGCGGGAGCUUCCACCGUUGUUCCUGCAGUAUUUCAGGGGGCACCUCCAACAAAGGAUGCAACCUGCGAUGCGGCGGGAAGCCAUUCAUGUCAGCUACUGUUUGGAUUUGGGGUUGAUGGGCCGAAUCCCGCAACUCCUCGAUGUGCUGAGCCAGCGCCUCAAGGCCCUGGAAGGGCAGGCGUCGGGGAAGCACUGGAGCGUCACUGCUCAGUACGAGCUGGUGCCAGAGGAGCAAGGGUCGGUAGCCUCCCAGCAGGAGACAGAACAGGCCGCGAGAGAGGCAAUAAAAGCGGGAAGAGUGAAGAACCAGGCCGGCAGGCCUUACGGAGCUACAGCUGCAGUAGACAGAGGAGAGGACUGGAGACCGGAUGCUUACAAAGGGAAAAGCAACAAAGGGCAAGGAAAAGGCAAGGAUUGGAGGCAGAAGGGCGAGGGCAAACCAUUUCCAAAAGGAAAAGAAGGCGAGCAAGAGAGGGAGGAGGCAAGUGAUAUGAGGGGAAGUGAGACUCUUGGCAGGCAGGAAAACGCAAGGCAGGAGGGCUCCACUCCUGGGCUGGGAGUGGAGUCGCAGAAGGCAGCAGUUGGAGCAGUAGAUCAGCAGGAGAGACAUCGACUUAGUUUCACCGGGUUUUUGGAUCCGGUCGAAGGGGGGAAGGCUGGGCCGUCCCAGGAGUACUCCCCGACCGGUGCGCACACAUGCACUACGCAUUUUUUAGACGAGGAAUGCGGCGCUCUCACAGGAGAGAAAUUAGUGGCCAUGGGGGGCCUCUUGAAUAAGAUCUUGGAUGACUUUGAAAAUGAUGUGUUCUUGCAUAGCAGGCCACAGUCCUCUGGUACAGGAAAUGGCUCUAUUUUUCCUCUACCGUUGUCUUCGGAGAUCAUCGAGAGGUCCUCACACCCUAGGAUGGUUGUGGCUACCUGCCGCGCCCUCAACUUCCUCUACGGCGAGCGCGCGUCGAGGCCAAAACAAAAGUUGAGUGCCGCUUGUGGUCGGGCCCUGGAGUUCAUAGUGUCCUGCGUGGAUUCUAUGGGUGACUGGGUUGAGGUUUUUCCCCCCAUCAAUUUUGAUAUCUUUUUUCGGGCAAAAGGUAUCGACUAUAGGGGGGAAGAAGUUAAGAUCGCUCAACGGAUCAGCUGGCUUUCGAUUGCUCCGGCAUUGCCUCCGGAAGUAGGCCUCACCUGGGUGGGAGACGAGCCCCUCGCUGCGUUCCACGACGGCGGAAACACCGUGGCAGCGCAGCUCAGUCGACCCAACAGCGCCCUAUCGGCUGAAGAGCUGGUGGACCUCCAGGACGGUGUGAAACUUGGUCCUUGCUAUUUCCCGUACGAGCUCAAACAGGACUACCCUGACGGUGUCAUGUUGAAGGCGAUCCCCAUCCCCAUCCCGAUCCAGGAUUUUCAUCAUGACAUCGCGCGGGACAUCGGGCAGCAGGUGGAAGUCAUGAUCCUCGACGCCAAGUUGGCCUCCGAAACCAAGGUGGGGAAGGAGGUGCAAAAGAUCAAACAGAAGAUGGAGGCUAUGGCUGAAAAGAUCAAGAUGAUCAAUGAGAGAGUGUCCGCGGUGGAGCCCAGUCGAAAUGGGGUGCUAAAGACAGAGCUCCAGACAAGCAUCACCAAACUUGAGGAAGUUUGGGAGGGCGAGGUGAGUACUCUGAAGCACGAACUGUGGCAGACCAUUCAGGCGCACAACCAUAAUGCAGACCUCCUGAAACACCACAAGGAUGCCAUUGACCAGGUGCAGGUGAGAAUGACCGAAGUGCCUCCAAAUCCAGAGCUGGAUCAAGUACAUGCUCAACUCUUGCAGGUGGACAAGGUGCUUCAACGAGAGAUGGCCAAGGAAGCUCAAAUGGAUCAGCUGAUGGCCAGAUUGACACAGGUGCACCAGCAAUUCUUCAACACAUGGGGGUCCGGCGUGCAGCUGCCUCCUCCCGCAGGGAAAAAGACGCAGAAGAAGGCGGGCAAAACGGGUCCCAAUGGGGUGAAAGCAACAGCUGCCUCCCUACGAGCUGAGGCACCUGAGUUUGUUCCCAGCUGGGAUUCUUAA